UGGGGAUUACUUGAGGUUUGUUGGUGGCGAUUGGAGGCAGCAGUCGUGGUGAUUGGUGGCGAUUGGAGGCAGCAGUCGUGGUGGCUGCUCUGCUUGUUGUUGGCGUGGCGAAGAUGAUGGGAGUUGUUGUGGUGGUUGGCGAGGCGAUUCAUGGGAUGAUGAUUGAUGGUGCUUGGAGGUGGUGCUGAUUGUGGCGGCGGUGGUGAUAGUGAGGGAGUAAGGACGUGGAGUUGUGAGGGAGAUGCGGGGGUGGUUCGGUGCUGCUGUUGUUGGUUGGGUGGUGAUGGCAGGGGAGUGAAGAAAACAGGGGAGAGGUGGUGGUGCAGGGUGGUGGGUGAAUUUUUUUUGAAAGAUUUAAUUAAAAUUAUUUUAUUAAAAAAUUAAAAGUUAAUUAAAUAAUUCCAUUAGAUGUCUCCAUUGAAGCCUGGUUGUGACUUGUGAACUCCAUUGAAGUAGAUUGAAGCAUACUCCGUUUAUUUUAUGUACUAUCUGUUUAAAGGCAAAAAACUAAAUUGACAUUUUAGCCCUUCUUUUAUCUAUGGAAUUGACAAAAAUACUCUUUACAAGUUUCUCUCGGGGAGAAACUUGUAUUUUUCCUUUAUAUAUUAGACCUUGAAUAACUGUGACGGGUCAUAGAAUUGCUCUCUCUUAGAUUAAUGAGAUAACCAUUGAAGCGCACUCAACGUUCUCCCAUUGAAGCGCACUCAACGUUCUCCAUUGAAGCGCAGUUGGCGUUCUCCGUUGAAUCUAGUUCUUGACCCCCCAUUGAAGCAGCUUCUGAGGUAAACUUUAUUGCACAUUUAGAUUUGAUUGGGGAUUAUUGAGGGGGCUUUGGCAGUGGUAUCAAUGAGCUCUAGAUCCAAAAAAUUUCGUCGUUGAGUAGGUGAUGACAAUGAAGAUAAUGAAUCUAGCGGUAAUGGGUAUCCAUCUAAAACUCCCACGAAGCCGUCUUUGAACAAAGCUGCAGCUUCUAAUGAUAAACCAAAGAAAAGCCACCAAAAGCUUCUUAGUUUUGCUGAAGAUGAAGAAAAUGAGACCCCAUUUUCUCGUCCACAAAAAUCUUCCUCAUCCCGUCCUUCCAAGUCCAGUUCCUCUCAUCGUAUUACGUCUGUCAAGGAUCGUUGUGGGUCUUCCUCGACUUCACUUCCCUCCAACGUUCAACCUCAAGCUGGCCAAUAUACAAAAGAAGCCCUCCUUGAGCUUCAAAAGAAUACCAAAACCCUUGCUAGCUCUAGGCCGAGACCGGCAGCAUCAGACACGAAACCUAGUUCUUCCUCAGAGCCUGUAAUUGUUCUCAAGGGUCUUGUCAAACCAGUUCUAGAAACUGGGAGUGCUGGUGAUGAGUUCAAUGAAGACAAACCUUCAAGAAAAGAAGAGAAUGCUUCUCUGACGAGGGAGAAGGAUAUGGAUCUUCUAGAUCAAGCAACAAUUAAUGCUAUACGGGCAAAGAGGGAGAAACUUCGUCAAUCACGGGCUGCAGCACCAGAUUAUAUAUCAUUGGAUUCUGGAAGCAAUCAUGGAGCUGCUGAGGGGUUAAGUGAUGAGGAACCAGAAUUCCAAACUCGAAUUGUAAUGUUUGGUGAGAAGAUAGAUGGUCCCAGAAAGGGUGUAUUUGAGGAUGUAGAUGAAAGACCAGUGCGUGCUGGGCAGAGUAGUCUGGAAGAUGAUGACGAUGUCGAGGAAGAGAGAAAAUGGGAAGAGGAGCAGUUUAGGAAAGGUCUAGGCAAGAGAAUGGAAGGACCUACCGAAGUUAGCAGAAAUGCAUCAUCUAUUCAACCUCAAAGUUACAUGUACGCAUCACCAAUUUCUCAUUCAUCUGUUCCCAGUAUUCCUGCUGGGCCACCUAGCAUUGGAGGGGCUAUUGGUGGUGUACAGGGUGCUGGGACAAUGUCCAUAUCUCAGCAGGCUAAAAUUGCCAAACAAGCUUUUCAAGAUAACUUGAAGAGACUUAAGGAAACACAUGCAAAAACCAUGACUUCACUGGCUCGUGUUGAUGAAAGUUUAUCUGCAUCACUGACGAAUAUCACUGUGCUUGAGAAGUCAUCAUCUGAUGCUGGAGAGCAAUAUAUAUUUGUGCAAAGACUUCGGGAAAAGGCUACACAUACAAAGCUAGUAUGUGAAGGCCCACAUACAACAUGUGCUGGCAGCCUCUCAUUGGCUUACAAAUUGGGGCCCACUUUCAACAAAAACCAAAAUUUCAGCCAAAACUGGUGUCUGGCCCGCGCAAUGCUCGGGAUAAUUUCUUUUACAUUUGUAAUUGAGUAGAUAGGUUUAUUCAUUAUUAUUUAUUUAUUCAUUAUUUGUUUAUAAUUUAUAAUAGUUUCUCAUUGAAAAAAUUAUUUAUGAAACAACUUUUGAGUGUUGACUAAUUAUAUAAACAUGUUCUUGUAAGAAAAUUAUAUAGACAUAUCCUUUGUAUAAAAUUUAUAGUAUAAUGAAAAU